CGCCGCCGCGGUGCCGGCGGCCGUGGCCAAGAAGGGCGCCAUGGACAGCGGCAUGGACUCGGGCCUGGGCAUCACGCAGGAGCUCACCUCCGCCUCGGACGUGGCGCCAGCGGCCGAGCCGCGCCCCCGCUCCCCAGGCUGCCUGCCGGAGUCUGCCGAGCGCCGGCUGGUCGCCAUUCUGGACGGACCGGACAAGGCGUGGCGCGAGCUGGCCCAGGUGCUCGAGCUAGACGUCUCGGCGCUGGAGCAGCGGGCCAGCCCCACCGCCCAUAUACUGCGCUGCGUGAAGAAGUACGACAACCUGUCGUUGGAGUACCUGGCCAAGGUGCUGCAGAUCCUGGGGCAAGACGAGGCGCACCGCAUCGUGCGCGAUCAUGCCGGCCAGUAGUCGCCGACGACUUCACGUCCUAUUGGCCGGCGGACGACCGCGGCGCGCGAUUGGUGCAUGGACGUGACGUCAGCAGCGCGUGAGCGGCUUCAUUGGCAGACGCAUGCGGCCGGCGCGCAUGAUAGGACGUGUGAUGUGAGGUCUGAGGUUGCGUCACGCCGCCAGCUGUUUCGUGACGCGCUGGAUUGGACCCGAUGUCUGUGGCUCCGCCCACCGGCUGGCACUGGGAGGUGCGCACGUGAGCGAAGCUCUGUGGUCGACGUGGCGGGACUGGGUAGUUUGUGAUUGAGGGGGAGAUGGUCGUGUCCACACCCCCCCCCCUGACGGCGAGGCGCCCCGUGACCUAUUGAUGUGACAGCAGCCCGACCGGGCCCGUUCAAGUUAAAAUCAAACGUUUAGUUAAGGCGUGUUCGUGCGUGUUUAGUUUAAGAAACGUAGUUGGUCAUGUCGCGGCAGACGCCGCGGGCUCCGCCUCCCACUCGCCGCCGCCGGUCGCCGAGGCCCGCCUCGGCUCUCGUGCUGCGGCUGACGUGUCCGAAGUCAAGCCGCCGUAUCGCAUCGCCGAACGCGGUGGCUCGUCGCUGCCGCCGCCAGAGGUCGCGCUCCCGCCGGGCCGUCGCUGCGCUUGGGUGGCGGGAUGGGGCUCUGGCUUUGGCGCUGAACGCUGCGGCAGUAGAGCGAGGCUGGCGCCGCGGCACCUCCAGGGAAGAGAGGAGGAGAAGGAGAAGGAGAAGGAGAGGGGGGGAGGGGGGGGGGGGCGGCGGCCGUUCAUCGCUCGACGUUUCUCCGGCUCCCACUGGGUAGCUGACGGCCCUGAAUGCCGAGUAUCCACUUUAAAAAAAAAUCCCGACGGAGGUUUUCACCACUUGUCGGUCCUGGCUCUUGUUGGCAGUCUAAACCGGUUACGUUUGUUAAUUUGCACGUGUUCGUCGGCAUUUUUCAGGUUAUGGCGAUCGUGAGCUCUGUUGGCGUUUUAGCGGAGUGACUCGUGUCGUCGUAGCCGUCCGUCCGCCCAUGGCUGCGCCUCUGCACAGCCCUGUGUCGCGCGGAUAAAUGUAGUUGUGGAGAAGUGCGCCGACCUUGGCCGGUCUCUCGGACGGUGCCGAGAUGUGACCGCCUUCGCUUUUGUCCUCGUGUGAACGGCCGUUUUCCAUCGAUGAUAGUUGUCCCAUUGUCACAUUGGUGUUUGCAGACUGUGCUUUAUUUGGCUCGGGGGGGGGGGGGGCGGUUUGGCUAGCGCCGUUUAUUUUAGCGCCGUUUAUUUUCUCAAACACCUCCGGCGGAACAGUGCGGUUGAGUCCACAAUCUUACGAAAACAACCUGAAAACAUACACCUUUUAUCCCAUAGGCCAGCAGAAUACCGGGAACUGUAGAAUGUCUACCAAAAUUGCGGGUCACAGCGGCAGCUGAGCGCUUGUGCAGCCGAGCGCACCUCGUCGCUGUGCAACGCCGCUAGGUCCUUAGGUGGCGUCACCUGUCCCGCGGGCUGGCAGUGCUCGAUGGAGCCGACCGGCGCCACCAUCGAGCCACUCGGACUCCGGCGCAAAAUCCUGACGGCGGGUGCUCUAACGGGAGAGAAACGGAUCCGCGCCGCCGGCCGGCUGACGGCGCCGGCGCUCAGACGCAGAAGCGCUGACGGCUCAGACGCCAGAGGCGCUGACGGCUCAGAGGCCGAACCACGCGGUGGUGGUGUUGCCAGUUCUGACGGGUUCGCUUCGCGUGGUAGACCAGCCCCCAGCGACGGGGCGGGAUGCGCACGGCGAAGCGCUACUGUUGUCACGCGCGCGUCUCGUUCGUCGCCGCGGCCCGGGCGGGGCUGGUGGAGCAGCGCUGUGAGUGUUUGCAAGUGCGCGUGAUGAGUAGGUUUAGUGUUGGCCGUCGGUGGCCCGGCCGCGGCUGCGCCGGCCACCUAAGGUCUCGUCGUGCCGCGUGUGCCGUUGGACACGUGACGACCUGUGGCGCGCCCGUAUCGGCUAAUACACGUUCUCGUACACGAA